CAUCAAACCAAUCUCCUCCAAUCCCACCCUAUCCCCCUUCAAUCCCAUCAGAACACUCUCUCCGAAAAAAUGCAGAAAAAAAAUCCAUUUUCCAUCUUCAUCACCACCUUCCUCCCUUUAUUCGUCUUCUUCUUUUUCUUCUCGAUCCUGACCUCAGCUUCAGAGCAAGAUCUCCUCCUCAGCUUCAAAUCCUCCAUCUCAGAUCCCAUCGACUCCCUCUCAUCAUGGACUAACUCAUCUCAUCCAUGCACCUGGUCUGGAAUCACCUGCACCAAUUCCAGCCCACCUUCAGUCCUCUCUCUCAAUCUCCAAUCCCUCAAUCUCUCUGGUGCAAUCUCCCCUUCUCUCUGCUCUCUCCCUUCUCUCGCUCACCUCAACCUUGCAGGCAACCUCUUCAACCAGCCCAUCCCUCUCCACCUCUCCCACUGCAAUUCCCUCACCUCCCUCAAUCUCAGCACCAAUCUCCUGUGGGGCCCACUUCCUAAUCAGAUGCCCCUUUCUCUCACAACCCUUGAUCUCAGCUAUAACCAUCUCCAGGGGCAGAUCCCUCCCUCCUUCGCCUCUCUGCAAGGCCUCCAGGUGCUCAACCUGGCGGGCAAUUUGUUCUCGGGCGCUCUCCCGCCUUCUCUCUUAUCCAACCUCACUGACCUUCUCGUCCUUGAUCUGUCCGAUAACCCAUCUCUCGUCAGUGGGAUUCCUCAACAGAUUGGGAAGCUUGGGAAUUUGCAGCAGCUCUUGUUGCAGAGGUCUGGUUUUCAUGGUGGGGUUCCUGAUUCCUUUGUGGGUUUGCACGGGCUGGAGGUUUUGGAUCUCUCCCAGAACAAUUUGACUGGAAAUCUGCCCCUGCGAAUUGGGUCUGGAUUGGGAAAGCUGGUGUCUUUUGAUCUUUCUCAGAAUGGGCUAUCGGGGCCUUUCCCUGCUGAUAUCUGCCUCUCAAAAGGCCUCACAAGCCUCAGUCUCCAUACCAAUCUCUUCUCCGGAUCGGUAGCCGACUCUCUUGAGAGAUGCUUGAGUCUUGAGAGGUUCCAAGUUCAGAACAAUGGGUUUUCUGGUGAUUUCCCAUCUGGGUUAUGGUCGUUGCCGAAGAUCAAGCUCAUCAGAGCCGAAAACAAUAGGUUCUCGGGAGGAAUACCCAAUUCCGUGUCGAUGGCAGUUCGCCUUGAGCAAGUUCAGAUAGAUAACAAUAGCUUUACAGGUAGGAUUCCUCCAAGUCUUGGGUCCAUUAGUAGCAUGUAUCGAUUUUCCGCAUCAAGUAAUGGUUUUUAUGGGGAGCUCCCACAGAAUUUCUGCAGCUCACCAGUCAUGAGCAUUAUUAAUCUUUCGCACAAUUCGUUGUCGGGGAGCAUUCCGGAGCUCCAGAAAUGUAGGAAGCUGGUGUCCUUGUCGUUGGCAGACAACAGCUUCAUAGGAAAAAUCCCAGCUUCUCUUGCUGAUUUACCUGUUCUAACAUACAUCGACCUCUCUAAUAAUAAUCUCACUGGGGAAAUCCCGCCUGGGCUUCAGAACUUAAAGCUUGCCCUGUUCAAUGUUUCCUUCAACCGGCUCUCCGGUAGAGUUCCGUCUUCUUUAAUCUCUGGUCUUCCGGCUUCGUUUCUACAAGGAAAUCCUGAUCUCUGUGGACCUGGAUUACCCAAUUCGUGCGCAGAUGACAAGCCAAAGAGACGGUCGACGCGGCCCACUGGACUUAUAUGUUUGCUGAUUUCGAUUGCUUUUGCGGCUGGGAUCAUGGUUGUUGGUGCCGGAUUCUUUGUGAUGUAUCGGUCUUCCCGGCAGAAGUUUCAUUUGAGCCAUUGGAAGUCAGUAUUCUUUUAUCCUCUUAGAGUUACAGAACAGGAUCUGGAGAUGGGAAUGGACGAGAAAAAUGCUGUUGGCAGUGGAGCAUUCGGCAAAGUUCAUGUAAUCCGUCUACCGAGUGGCGAAUUUGUCGCAGUCAAGAAGCUAAUGAAUGUAGGGAUUCUUUCUUCAAAAGCUUUGAAGGCCGAGAUCAAAACAUUGGCCAAGGCCAGGCAUAAGAACAUUGUCAAAUUGCUGGGAUUUUGCUACUCGGAGGACUCGAUCCUUCUGAUUUACGAGUAUAUCCAGAAAGGGAGCUUAGGGGACUUGAUCUGCAGAUCGGAUUUCUUGUUGGAAUGGAGGGACCGGCUGCGGAUUGCAGUGGGGGCCGCUCAAGGUCUGGCUUAUCUUCACAAGGACUACGUCCCACAUUUACUUCACAGGAAUAUCAAAUCCAAGAAUAUUCUUUUGGAUAUGGAUUUUGAACCGAAGCUUACGGAUUUUGGGCUUGAUCACAUUGUUGGAGAAUCCGUGUUUCUGUCAUCCAUGGCUUCUGAAUUGCAUUCCUCCAUUUACAUGGCACCAGAACACGGGUGUAGUAAGAAGGCAACUGAGCAAAUGGAUGUGUACAGCUUCGGUGUGGUAUUACUUGAGCUUGUGACCGGCAGGCAAGCUGAGGAGCCGGAGUCCGGUGACUCCAUCAAUGUUGUGAAGUGGGUCCGAAGGAAGAUCAACAUGACCAACGGAGCUAUCCAAGUUUUGGAUUCGAAGAUCUCAAAGACAUUCCACCAAGAAAUGUUGGCUGCUCUAGAAAUCGCUCUUCGGUGCACCUCUGUCAUGCCCGAUAAACGCCCAACGAUGUUUGAGGUUGUCAGAUCGCUUCAAUCUCUUGACUCUAAGAAUAGGCCUCCAAGGUUGUUUUCGUACGAGUUCUCUGCCCAUGACGAGCAUUCGGAUCUAAGCAGAACGUGAUUGGUAUCACCCAUCAUGGUUUUAUUGUAAAUACGACAAAGAACAAAAGACGUGAGUGUUUCACAUGGCUUCUUUUUUCUAAUUUCUAUUGUUUGAAAAUGCUUCUUGUACUACAGGCUUCUGGCUUUUUUAUCAAAUGAAAUUUCCUCAGAACUGCUUGGGACUUGGA